AGAAGAAACCAAACAUUGUCGAAAAAAGGAGAGAAAAAAACGCACCGCAGCAGGGUUCGCUUAAUUUUCUUCCACAAAAGUUUAAAAACUCUCGGUUCGCCUAAAAAGUGGACCCUCUGAAAUCGCGUGACUGAAACUGUGUGAUUUUAGCUGCGAGACGUUGUAACCCCCGAGAGGGAGAAUCUAGUUUUGCUCUUCCACAGUCACCGCCACCGCAGAAGCAGCAACACGAUGGCUACCGACAUUAUUAAAGGGUAUUCUCAUUUGCAGCAGGAACUGAACCGUGCCCGGGAUAAUCUGAAGGGGCUCAAUGAAAACAUCCGGAAAAUAAUCGGACGCGAUCCUUCCACGACGGAGCAGUACACCGGAGGAAACAGUAGCUUCGGGACGUACUCCCGGAACGAGCCCAAAAAGCGUGGCUUUGAAUCGACAAGAAGACCAGGCGAUCAGCAGGACCGGAGAUUUUCGGACGGUGGAGGAGCUCCGAAUGCUGCGAAACGACGCGCCGUAGGGGAAACCAUAUCGGUGUUUAGUCGGCUUUCGGGGCCACCGAGUCGCGAUGUGGAGUACGAGAAACCUAGGAUCCAUUCAAGAGUUAUCAAGGAACAACCCACCCGGCAGGAGAUUGUGGCCGCCCAGGGCAGUGACGAGAAAUCGCGGGCCCGUAAUCGACGAAUCUUCGGUUCCCUGCUGGGAACGCUACAGAAAUUUACCCAAGAAGAGUCUAAACUCAAGUCCAAGGAGGAGAAGAAAGCUCAGAUUGAGAAAAAACUGGAAGAGCAGCAAAAAGUCGAGCGGGAAAACAUGCGCAAGGAGAAGCAGUGCCUGUUUACUGACCGGAAGCGGCAACAGCUGGAAAUUCGUGCCAUCGAGACGAAAAUGACCAAGAUGAAGGAUCUGGAGGCUUGGGAAGAGACCAAAAAGCCGCUGGCAAACUUUAUCAAAACCAAAACCAGUCCCCACAUUUACUUCCUUCCGAAGAAGAUGGACACAAAGAUGGAGAAGAAACUCAAGGAAAGCCAGGAGGAACACAAGAAAAUGAUGGACACCAAGCGGCAGGAAGUGCUGGAAAGUAUCGCCAGCGUGGAAGCCCGCUUCAAGGCAGACAUCCGCAACCUGGAGGAAAAUGCGAACCGAAACAAGUCGGAAACUGGUGCGGUUACUGCCAACCCACCAAGCACCAAGCACGACCGUACGGCUGUCGAUGAGGAGGAGGACGAUGACCACGACGAUCACCAGCUGGAAGGGCCGGCGCUGCCGUCGACCGGUUUCAAAAUUACCAUCCAGAACCAUGACGUGGCUCAGGUAAAAUCCGAAGGAUCCCCCAAAGUUGUGCGCCUGGUCGAUGGCCCUAUCCCGGCAAACCCAAAGUCGGGACUCGGGACUUCCGGUGACGGGGACGGCCGCGUGGGCGGAUCCGAUAGUGCUUCCUCCUCUUCCUACCUGAACCAGGGAGAAAAUUUUCAAAUCACGUUCAAAACAGAUCGCGACGGUGACUCCGAGUGAUCGGGAAUCAAGUGCAACAAGCUACUGCAAGGUACAACAACACCAACAAAAUAAAUUAUUGACCCUGCGGCGAGGAGAAGCAAAAAUCAAGUCUCAAAAAGUACCCCAGUACAACACGAUGCAGCAAACAACUGCACUUGCUGAUGCGGUGUUUUUUAUUUUUUUUUUUGUGGAAAAAAAUAAUGUUUGAAACUCCGAUUUAUCGUAUCGAUGUACUCAACUAAACAAUUCAGUUCAUUUCAACAAAAGUAAUAUUGCAUUCAAAUAAAGACUAGUAAUAAUU